ACAACAAGGGAAGUUUUUAUUGAAACGUUUGUUGUAUUUUAGGGAGUAUUUAUCAUAUUUUCUCGUCGAAAUCAUGACGAUUUUACCCAAGAAGAAGCACCAAGAUAGUAAGAAGAAUGAGGCAAAUACAAGCAACGAUUUAAGGCAUGCUAGGUCGCGAAAUAACUGUGCUAGAACAAGUGGAGAACGGGCAAACAGAUCACCUGAUGAGAUAAACGAAAGCAGUGUGUAUCGUAGUGGAAAUAUAGAACUACGAAAUACGUCCGAGAGUAGUAGCAAUGGAAAAAGACGAUAUAGGAACACUAAUAACGAAUACAGACGGCGGGACGAGACGGGUUAUAAUAGCGAGGAUGAAUAUGAUGCCUCCAAAAACGACGAUCAACCGUCAGAGGAGAUGGAGCGGAAUUUCGAAAAGAUCUUAAAAGAGAAAAAGGGUUUCGUAAUCAAGAAAACUGUGGAAGAUGGGGCUUGCUUGUUCCGAGCUGUUGCGGAUCAAGUCUAUGGGGAUCAAGAGAUGCACUCGAUUGUGAGGCGUCAUUGUAUGGACUACAUGGUAAAGAAUGCUGAUCAUUUCUCGCAAUAUGUCACAGAGGACUUUGAUGAGUACAUUAAGAGGAAACGAGCCAACAAUUGCCAUGGCAACAACAUUGAGAUGCAAGCAUUAAGUGAGAUGUACAACCGGACCAUAGAAGUGUAUAAAUAUAGUUUAGAACCAAUCAAUACAUUUCAUGCCUCGUAUCAAUCGGAUUACGAGCCAAUACGACUUAGUUAUCACAACAACAUCCACUACAACUCUAUAAUUGAUCCUUAUAAUCCCUCGGUUGGUGUUGGCCUUGGACUUGCGGGUUAUAACCCCAAGCUUGUCGAUAAGAAGAAUGUACAUGACGCCGUGAAGAAAUCCGAAGAACCGUUGAUUGAGAAGGAGAUGCUCGAGGACAAGUUGAGAGCGACAGAUUGGGAGGCAACGUACGAAGCGAUGGAGGAAGCAGUUGCAAGGGAGUCAUAUCUCGAGUGGUUGAAGGAGAAUGAACGACGAUCUAGGAAAGUUCAACAUUCCAAAGGCUCGGCAGGAGCAACGAGUAGUACAUCAACCGUCACUUCGGGCGAAUCCUCCAGAUAUCGAAACAUUUCAUCCCCAACGCGUGUGGAACCAGAUAGUCCUCCCCCAAACAAAUCUCCCCGUCACUCUCCCCCGGACUCUCCUAAACCAUCACGCGCGAACUCCCCGAAGAUGACGUCAUCGGAUAUUAGUUUGAUAACAUCAUCGACAAUCAUGACAGUUAGCGGUGUUCAAUCUAAGUCGACUCAUGUGAAUACUUCACCUAAGACUUGUUAUUCGGAAGGAAAUAGUUUGAGAUUCAAAACAGAGUACGGAUCUGGAGAUUAUGGCUCCACGGCGUUUGGUUGGGAAGACGAUGAAGGUUUGCUUGCUGCUGUGCUCGCUGAAUCGCAAAAAGAAUACUUGGACAGUUUGAAACGUAGUAUGAAAGAAACUGAGACAAAUAGCAAAGGUCAUCCUCAACCGAAGAAUUGACCAACGGCGACGAUUCUAAGUUUUAGGAGAAUGGGACCGGGUCGACCUCAAUGAGAUGACUUAGGUAUCUAUGAAAUUAAGGGGGGUUGUUUUGUUACUUUAUGAGUUGGCCCCAUAGUGUAGCUCGACCCUGUCCUUUUUGCGAGUAUCGUAUUCACUUAAUGCAUGUAUAUAUUGAUGUUGUUGAUGUGUAAAAUAACUGGUUUGUUUUAAAGCUUUUUGUUGAUCAAGUUUUAACAUGGGAUGAGUUGUUCAAUCGUAUUGUUACUUGUUGCCCCUGUACUGGCCGAAGUUCGUCUAUGGUUGAUUAGUAUACAUAAUUAGCUGUAUCUACAUCUUCUACGAAGAAAUCUGUUUCGAUGCUUUUCUGACAAUUUCUUUCACGCAGUAUAUGCACUUAGAACAAGAUAUACUCUAUGCUAUCGACGACAGCUUGAAUAUAAUGUGGCGGUACAUGCCUCCAUUUUGCAAUUUUUUAAGAACCCGAUGGUUGUUCCUUACAACGAAAUGGUAUAAUUUUUGCUUCAUUGUUCAUUUUCAACACAACUUUUGGCAGGUAAACUUUCGUGAAAACGUCACUAUACAACGCCCGUUAUUGUCAACUUCAAAUUUUAUCCCUUUUUAAAUCGUUUAUUACAGUAGAUUGUGUUAAUUCUGUCUUUUCAUUUUGCUUGCAAACCUUUGAACAACUGGUUUCACGUUUAAAUAAUCACAUAGUCAGUUAAGAGAUAUUCUGAUCUUGUAUAAUUUGGUGUACUCAUCUAUAGAUUGAAUCUGUUGUGUAAUUUUCGCCAUAGUUCUCUUCAAUUAUCAUAAUGAAGAAGUGAA